CAUGUCUAUAAAGAGAUGACCAGGAGCUCCUUCAGUGGCCAAGGGGGGGUCAGUGGAGUAGACAGAAAUGGCACACAGUAAAUUAUCUCCUUCGGAAGGUUCUAGGAGGAUCCUUGAGGAACACCACAUAGAUGAAGACGUGGGCUUUGCUCUGCCACACCCACUGGAGGAACUGCCCGAUGCAUACAAUGCCUGGAUCCGCAUUGCUAGAAAUCUGCCUCCGCUGAUUGAGAACAGGCAGCUUCGAGAAGAAGUUGAGAAGCUGCCUCCACUACGCACUGAUGAAUUGCAAGGGCACAGGCUGCAGCGCCUGGCACAUUUGGCCCUGGGGUGCAUCACCAUGGCAUACGUGUGGUACCAAGGGACUAGUGACAUCCGAAAGGUGCUGCCCAGAAAUAUUGCUGUUCCCUAUUGCGAACUCUCGGAGAAGCUGGGUCUGCCUCCCAUUCUGUCUUACGCAGACUGUGUCCUAGCAAACUGGAAGAAAAAGGACCCCAACGGGCCCAUGACAUAUGAGAACAUGGACAUUCUGUUUUCGUUUCCUGGUGGGGACUGCAGCAAAGGCUUCUUCCUUGUUUCUCUGUUGGUAGAAAUCGCAGCUUCUCCUGCAAUCCAAGCAAUCCCCUCUGUAUGCAGUGCUGUGCAGCAUCAAGACCUGAAAGCACUGGAAAAGGCACUGUAUCAUAUAGCUACCAGUCUGGAGAAAGCCAAGGAAUAUUUUAAGAAGAUGCGUGACUAUGUGGAUCCUGACCAGUUUUUCCAUGUUCUUCGCAUAUAUUUGUCUGGCUGGAAAGGCAAUCCCAAGCUGCCAGACGGGCUGCUGUAUGAGGGAGUCUGGGACACCCCAAAAAGGUUUUCAGGGGGCAGCGCGGGCCAGAGCAGCAUCUUUCAGUGUCUUGAUGUCCUCCUGGGAAUAAAGCAUGUCACUGGUGAAGAAGAGCCAGUAGGCUUCCUGCACAGAAUGAGAGACUAUAUGCCUCCAUCCCAUAAGGCCUUCCUGGAAGACCUCCACUCGGCUCCAUCACUGAGGGACUACAUACUGGCCUCUGGUGCUGGGAGCUGCCUGAUGGCCUAUAACCAGUGUGUGGAUGCAAUGGUGGAGCUGCGAAGUUACCACAUCAACAUGGUGGCCAGAUAUGUCAUCUCUGCUGCUGCCAAGGCCAGAAGGGGCAUGCCAACCCAUCUCUCACCCCAUGCCUUGGAGGACAGGGGCACUGGAGGCACUGCAGUGCUGACCUUUCUGAAGAGUGUUAGGGAGAAGACCAUGGAAGCUAUCCUGCAUCCCAGGGCUUAGCAGUUCAUGUCCUGUGUCCUGUGCAUUGGCCCCGUGGGAGCCAGAACCAGGGCCAGAGCACUGCCUGAACCCAAGCAAGUGUUGCUCCAAAGAACACCAUGUCCUUUGUUCGUAAACUGUGGCUCUCACGCCACACCGACCCCAGCCGGUUUGCUUGCUAGAA